AUGGACAAAGUACCAACGCAAGACCACCCGCCCACGGCUUACAGUGUCAAGGGGAAAGUUGCCAUCGUGACGGGCGCUGGGUCCGGCAUCAGCCACGCCCUGACCAAGAUCCUGCUGCAGCAGGGCUGCUCGGUCGUCAUGGCCGACCUCACUCUGCGACCGGAGGCAGAGCAGACACUAGAAGAGGCCAGCACCGUGUCUGGAGUCAACGGGAAGGCGUCAGCCAUAUUCCAGCAGACCGACGUAUCGGACUGGGCGCAGCUUCAGACGCUGUUCGACAAGACGCUCGAGACUUACGGCACUGUCAACAUCGUGGUCAACGGCGCCGCCAUCUACGAGCCCCCCUCUAGCACCUUCUGGCUGCCCCCGGGCGUGUCUCCCGCGGCGAAGGACAAGGUGGACUGCAGCCCGGGCGUGUACCAGACCUAUGCCGUCAACGCCAUGGGGCCCAUACGGCUGGCGCAGAUUGCCCUUAACUAUUGGUUCUACCACCCAGACGCCGAGAUGAACUUUGAUGGAAACCUGGUGUGGCUGUCGAGUGUCUGCGGAUAUGUCCACCUGAUGCAGUCGCCACUGUACUUUAGUAGCAAGGCGGCCAUGAAUAGCAUGGUCAAGUGUCUCAGCCCGCUGAGGAGGAUGUUUGGCAUCCGCAACGCUGCCGUUUGCCCGGGACCGGUCAAGGCGAGUUUCCACCAGCUUCUAGUGCGUUUGACUCCUCAGUCUUGGGCCGAACCCCGCGAGCUAACAACACACUGCCACAGCAUCGGUCUCACUGCCCAACAAGCCGCCGAGGAAACUUUCAAGGUCAUGACGGAGCCGCAGUUCGGCGACGGGAAUAUCGUCGAGGUUGUGGCAGCACCGGGCGAAUCGACUGAGCAACCCGUUGCUGUGCGCGUGCGCGAGACUCCCCUCGAGGCGCUCUACCCAAGUCCUCCACUGGAAGGCAACCACUUCAUGGAGGAAGAGCAAAAGUUUAUCGAGAUGCUGAAGACGCUGGUAUAUGUUGGAUAG